GUCGGUUGUUUACAUGGCGGACGACGUCUAGGUAAUGUCGUACCUCUUGCAUAAAAAUCCGUUAAUGUCAUAUGUUUUGUACAGUUAUCUAUGGAUAUUUAUUUAAUCACAUUUACUUUGUUGCAACAGUAUAGUUUUAACAAGAGGAAUAUUCUUAUGCAUAUGAUCUCUACUAUAUGUGUGUGAAUAUGUAAAAAGAGAAGAAGACAAUCAAACCGAACUAUUCUUAAAGUUUGAUAAGCAGUCAUUGCCUUUAUCGGAACUGAUUAAUUGUAUGUUCGAUUAAUGAGAACAAAAUGGAACCUGAUAAAUCUAAAAGCAGAAAAUUAGAGGGCAUCAGACUGAAUCCAUCAGAUGAUUAUCAACUUCACGUAUUUUUAAUGAAAAUUGCAAGGCAAAUUACAGACGAGGAAUUUAACGAAAUAAAGUUUUAUUGUUCAGGAAAAAAUGGCAUGGCAAAAGGAAUUUUAGAGAAAAUAGAGGAUUGCAUUAGCCUUUUCAGACAUAUGAAAGAAUUAAACAUGUUGUCAAAUGAAAAUCUCGCAACGUUCCAAGCAAUGAUAUGGCACCUAGGUAGAAAAGAUUUGUAUAGACAGUUUGUAGAAUUUUGUAAAAAUCGAGAGGGAAUAUUGCAUUUCUUUGCACCAUCAGAUAAACCAGCAAAUGGUUACAUUCAUGUUGAUUUUCACAUCAGAGGUACAAAAGACUUUCGUCGACAGGAUCUGGAAGAGCUCCGAAAUAGUCUGUCAAAUUUACUUUGUUGCCCACCAAGACAUAUUAUCAUUGAUGGGAUAGAACCUACAAGUAGUAUUCACAUAACUUUCAUGAUACCAGAGUUCUGCAUUGAAUAUUUACUUGAGAUAACAGAAACUGAAAAAGGAAGAUUAUAUUUAUGUGGUGUAGAUAGAUUCAAAGUUGAUGAACAACUGGUUGACUGUAUAGAUUUCAAAGACAACGAACACAUUCCUAGCUUAGAUAAAGAUGUCGCUGUUAGAAAACUUUUACAAACUAAUAAACAACUUGAAAGAGAUUUAGAACGGUAUCAGAUAGCAUAUGAAGAUAAAUCCAACAAACUGGAUGAGAAUAGCUCAAAUCACUGUGAUUCUUUAAGAGAACUGAAAAAUGCCAAGGAAAACAGUGAAGAAGAACUUAAUUCAGAGAUAAGAAAACUUAAAAAUAUGAUGCACGAAUAUCAACUGAGUUGCUUACAACUAACAAGUGAUCUUGAAAUGGCUCGUAAAGCAAUAUUAACCGACGAUGAUCAAGAAUUAGAACUUCACUCACGUAAAGAUGGUGGACUAACUGUAUUGAGAAGGACACUUUCCCAGGCAGAUAAAGCAGAGUUAGAGAAAAGGUCCAAUUUCUUACAAUCGCAAAUUAUAAAGGUACUGCAAACCAGUAGAGCAUGUGAAAUUACUUCCGACAUAAUGAGAACUGUACAGAAAAACAGAAAGGACAUCGACAAGUUAAAGGAUCAUAUACAAAGAUUGGUAAAUAGUGAAGUCUUUGAUGAGGUUUAUAAAGCAGUUCUAAAUUUGAUAAGUAUAGAAGAUGCAAUUGCAGAAAAAGAAGGCUCGGAGUAUAACCUAUCAUCUACAUAUUAUAUUGACACUGAUGACGACGAUGACUCCAGUGAUUAUGAUUAAAGAAAAGCGAGCGAGCGAGAGAGAGAGAGAGAGAGAGAGAGAGAGAGUGAGACGGCCAAAAUUAAUUACUGUACAGUUAAAUAUAUAUGACUGUCUGGGUUCUUUUGGUCUAGUUUUGUAAUAAAAAAAAAUCUUAACUUUA